AUGGCAACCAUAGUGGAGUUACAGCUUAUCCUCCUUUUAACCGCAAUCAGGUACGGAAAUUCCCUGCAUCAGGGAUCGCGGGUUCAUCAACAAAAUUACGGCUAUGCGCUGCAGAUCUACGAUCCAAAGUUUAUAGCAACCGGAUCAUUGUUCAGUGCCCGUUAUAUUUUAACGGUUGCGCACUGCUUCAAAAGGAAUACCAAACCGGAGGAGCUGACAGUACGGGCGGGUUACGACAAGAUAGCUAGGGAAUUUAAAGGCAGACCAGUGGCGGGAUUCCUCCGCCAUCCGAAAUUCUCACCUCUUACCCUUCGAAAUGACAUUGCCGUGCUGAGAGUCAAAGUGGCUAUUGGAUAUUCGCGUAGAAUUAACUAUAUAGCCCUGUGCUCGAUGCCCUUGAGGCGCGAUAAGGCCGCAAACCAACUGGUGAUCGCAGGUUGGAGUUUGAUGAAUGUAACCCAGUCGCUGCAAUCCAUUAAUGUCCGGGUGGAGUUAGAGAAAAACUGCCGCCAUUGGUUUCCCCAAUUGCCAGGCGGAGUGUCCUGCGCUUCUACUAAAAUCGGGGAAGGUCUGUGCUAUGGAGACUCCGGGGAUCCUCUGAUCACCGGUGGUGAAAUCUGUGGCCUGGCAAUAGCCUUUCGGAAAUGCGGAGAUAAGCGCUAUCCCGCCCUUUUCACGGAGGUCUAUUACCAUCGGCCCUUUAUUGCCCACGCUGUACUCACAUUGGACAGAGAAAUGUUAAAAAAACCAAGGGGUUGAGUCCCGAGAACUCUCUACAUGCCAAAUGGAUUACGGAAAAUUGCAGCUGAAUGAAGUCUACAUAUGCUCAAAAGGCAGCUGGAGGACUCAUCAGCAAGAAAAGAGGCAAGGAGAAAUUAGAAUACAUACAGAACUGAAUAGAAUAGAAUAAUAUAAAUAUAGAGCAGUGUAUGUUACAAUGAACGUAAGAUUAAAGCAACUCCUUUUUUUAAUAUAUAUGGAGGAU